GGUAAAAUUUCUUCAGAACCGUAAUACACAGUGGAGUCUUUACAUGAACAUAUGAUUAAAUCACGUGAUCAAACUAUACUCAAUGAUGUAUAUUUAAAUAAAAAUUUGAAAUGCGCGCGCAAUUCAAGGUGCAACAAAUCACGAUACAUUCCUGAAUUCAGCCGGAUCGAAAUUCUAAGAGAAUGCAUUUUAAAAUAACAAAUCAUUAGAUCGAAGAAUUAAAAUCAAAGUCUGUGAUUGGAUGUUAGGAAGUUCUGUAAAAGCCAAUGAACGUGGCGUAAUUGUUAAAGCAAAGAUUAACACAUGAUACCUAUCUUGUAAAGCUCUUGGACUUUAAUUCGUGACACAACAGACACACACUUACUUUCCUGCUUGAUUCGAUUCAUUCGUCCGUCAAUAGACGAUUUGUACGUAAGUCUUGUUGAAAUUGAUAGUCUCUUUAUACUAUUCUUUAGAAUCAUAUGACAGUUGAGAUGGAAAGCAAUAAAAAUAUUGGUCAUUUUGUGCAUCAGUUUUCAUAAAACUAAAGUUUCAAUCGUCUUCUUGAUAAUCUCCGUUGUAUCUUAGCGGCAUUUGGUAUGGCGACAGAUUAGUUUCAUCGUGCUAACCUAAUAUCUGAAUCUUAUCAUGACAGAAAGUUUAAUAAACGAGUGGUUAGCUGACUAUGCUGACAUUUCAUCCUUAGACUUGUCAACCUUUUCCGACACUCUAUCACAGGAUAAUGAGAUCGUCCGAGCACUUUAUGUACUCCUUGAAGAACGGAGUAAAUACAGUGAGCUGGUAGAUACUGUUUGUAACCAGUUAUUCAAUUUUUACCGUUCUCGGGAAAGCCAAUUACAACGAUUUACCCUGCAGUUCGUUCCUACUCUCGUCUUCAUUUACCUCAAUUCUGUAGCACAUGGAGAUAUCAAGAAUUGUCGCUCAGUUGAGACCUUGCUCAUUGGUCUUUAUAAUCUAGAAGUAGUAGAUCAGUCUGGUGAAUCGAAAACUGUUUCAUUCCGAUUACCUUCUUUAGCUAUGCUAUCAAUUUAUCAUGAACCUUCAAGUCUGGCACCAGCUUCUCUUACCGAAAGUGCAGUCCGACGUUUUGAAGAAUGCAACUCUAAGCUUGUUAGUUGGGGUCCACUUCAACAAAUUGAAACACUUAACGCUCAGAAUAGGUUAAAAGUUAUGACGGCACUUUUGUUUAUUUAUAACCAACAUCUGAGUUAUUUUAGCAAGUCUGCGCUGGAACAAUUAUGUAAAGUUGCCACUAAACUCGUGACACAAGGAUUUACAAAACAAAGUCAUCAUCAAAGAUCGUCAUAUGGUAGCGAAUCGAGCUUUGUACCAAGACUUCUUCCACGUAUACCCGUGACUAAUCAAUUUCUCUUGGAGUUAUUGCACGGGAUUUAUUUCGCAAUGUACAAUGAUUGUUGGUAUGUUAGCUGCCAAGCAGUGGAAGAUAUUCACAACAGAGCAUGCUAUGAUGCAUAUCCUGAUGUAAUGCUAGUAACCAAUGCAAUACGUAACUCAUCUGGAUCUGGACCUUCAGGACCUUUAGCUGAUGGAUCUAUGAGUAUCAGUGUAGCUUUGUCACCUGCCACUACAACUCCUACCAUAUCUAAAUCAAUGAUUACCAACGCAUCGUUUCGAACUAAAAAAUUGCCAGAUGAUAUUCCCAUUGUGUCAAAAGAAGAUCUUAAUAGUGGUGAGCCCAAAGCAAAUCUAGUAUCAAUAAGUGAAGAGCAAGAUCCGAACGAACCAAAUAGAGCUGGGUCAAUGCGUCAAAGUAAAGACGGUUCAAAGAGCGGGUCAAAGAUCACCAAUUUCAGCUUGUCAAAGAAACCACGUGAGAAGGACAUUAAAGUAUCUAAGAAUGGUUAUGUAACGACAAUAGACAAAGAAAAAAAAUUGAUAGGACAGUCGUCUAAAGACAAUGUUAAAGGUAGUCGAGUAAUAUUAAAUAAUGAAAGUGAAAUUGAUGGUGUUAAUGGUUGUACAGUUAAAAAAAAGAAUGAAAAUAAUAUGGGUAAUGAUACAGCAACGAAUUAUACAGAUGGUGAACGACAUUUGUCAACAGAUAGUACGGAUAAUGUUGAGUUAGAUACUCCGGUAAGUCUUCGGGUCCAUAAUGAUCAAGAUCAGCUUGUUUCAUCUGUCCAGGUUAGUUCAGUUUAAUGCAUUACUAAUAAUGGAAUCUUAUCAAACGAUCUCUAUAGAUGAAAAGAAAAACGAAUAAUCAAUAAUUUGAGAGUUUCUUAAUGAUGUCUAGCAAGGGACAAUGGUUGAUUAGUUUUCAUGAUCAACAAUCACUGUUGGCAAUAAUCAAUAUAAAGUCUGUAUCUAACGUUUAAGUUUACUUACUCAUCUCCUAAUGGUGCCUAACAUUUAGAUUAUUAUCAUACAUUAAUCAUACUAUUGUUUUGAUUCAUCAUCAAUAUUUAAUAGUGUAAAUUAUGUAGACACUCAUGUGUUGAAAUCCCAUAAUUUUUUUUUGUAUAAUACAUAAUCAAUUUAUAAUCACUGCCAUCUGGAAUAAAUUUGUAAGAUAUUUUAUGACGUACAUUUCUGUAUGAGUUAUCAAUCAUUUUACAUGACAUAUUUUCCAAAAACAUACUUCAAGAAUUAAAAUCAUGAACUUGAAAAAAAUGUCAUGCUAAUAUCAUAUUAUAUUGAUCAUCUUUGUUAGUUUAUUGAGUAUAUACUACGUCUAAGAGACGUUAAUAAUAGAGCAUCUUAUUAGCUCUUUAAUGAAUUAAGUGUAUGUAUGUAAAGUAUGUUAUAUUGAAACAAAUGUUUUAUGCUCUAUCCAAUUGUAUAUUUUGUUUUUAAUAGAUUAUCGCUAUCAAAAAUGAACUUUAGCAAGUAAACUAUAAAAUUGUUGGCUUUGUCUAGAAAAUAAUGAAUAUAUUGACUUGCAAGUUUAUGUAAUUUUUUUGAGGGUACAAUAUUUUUCUUGAUUUGCUUGUUCACUAAUAAAAAUUGAUUCUAUACGAAGAAAAAAAUUAUCACCACCAGUCAAUUGCAGUACUUUAUAAAUUAGUGUAUAUAAAUAGUAAUUAUUAUAUUUUAUUUUAUUUAGAUCUAUUCUAAUAAGAAAAAAAAACUAUUUGUACUUAUCUGUUAAUUAAGACAUUUCAAUUUGUUAAUAAUAUUGCUCAGUAAUUUGCGGAUUCUCGAAAUCAUUCCACUUAAUUUUUUUAAUUCAAUAUAAUUGUUAAAGUAUUUAUUUUAUUCAUAUUAUCGUUGAAGUUAAAUCAAUUAGUUAAAAUGUGUUUAUGUAAAUUUAUUUGCAAACAAUUAUUACUACUAAAUGAAAAAUAACAUAAACAAUGUCUAGAAAUAGAGAUGAUUUAAAAAUAUUACUCGAAAGUAUGUUACAAUGAACUCGUACAAUAUAGCAAUCUGAAGACGAUAAAAUAAAUAAUCAAUGAUAUUCUU